ACACUGUUUCAGCACACACAGCAGCAGUCGACAAUGGUACGUUGAAGCGAACGGUUGAAUAUAUUUAUUCCAAUUUUCAUUCUGUUUGUGUAAAAUGAAGUAAAAACAAUUUUGAUAAUUUUUUUGGGAAAAUUUACAACACAGAAAAAGAAGGAAAAAUUCAUGUGACAUAUUACAACUUUUCUACGAAUAUCAAGUCGAAUAAAAAAAUGUUAAUAAAUAAAAUGAAAUAAAACUGUGAUAUGAAAUGUCGCGCGUAAAUUGUAUUUGGCUUGCAAAUAUACAUUUUUAUCCGUUUAUGUUUUGAUAUUUUUUUUUUUUGGUCUGUUUUGCUUGGAAUUUAUUAAUGAAACCUACGUAAUGUGCCAAAUGUACGAAUGAAUGAAAUUACUCAUUUUCAUAUUUAUUUUAAUAUUUUGUGUAUUGUAAUCGAGACACUAUGGAUGGUUCAAUAUAAGCAACAAAAAAAACUACUCACAAUAGAAAAGCCGGUGAAAAUUUGUAUUGCUUCAAAUUGGUAUAUUAGAAAAAAAAAAGUGAAAGUUUUUUUUUAGACUUUAAGAUUUCUACGGCACAGACAAAGUCAAGAAGGACAAGGACAUUUAAUUUGAAAACAAAAGCUAUUUUUGUCACAAAUCUGUACGUUAAGUCUUUGAACAUCAAUCUGUAGCGAAAGUGUUAGCAUGUCUUCGUCAAAAAUCUUUUUCUCUCGGUUGUUGAGGUCAAGCACAGUAAUAUAGAAAUCUAACAUUCAAUAACAACGUCAAUAAUGGCACCAUGGAUUUGCUUGCCAUGCGAAGAUAUUUAUCGCCUUCAACAACAUCAACAUUCUCAUCAGCAGUGUCCCCCAACGAUAAUUCAAAUGAAAUUCGCUCCACACUUAACGACAAGUCAAUAUUAUUGGUGGAACAUCAGCAAAAAAUAUUUGUUCACAGAAUGAAUUGUACGAGACAAUUUACAGAAAAUUGUCAAAAAGGAAUGAUGAUUACGGAGGAUGAUUAUAAUCAGAAUUGUUUGCAAAAUCGUGACUACGACAACUGUUUAGCAAAUAAUCAAACAAAUACUUUGUCACAGGUACUUGUGGCGCCUACACCACUCAGCGAUGUAAUCAAUUCUUCCAUCGCCGACACAAAUGAUGACUUCAAUUCAUUUUACUUUUAUGAGACUGAACAAUUCACCGUGCUUUGGGUUCUCUUCGCAAUUAUCGUAUUGGGCAAUUCUGCCGUAUUAGUGACAAUGUUUCUGAACAAAAGCCAAAAAUCGAGAAUGAAUUUUUUUAUCAAACAAUUGGCACUUGCAGAUUUAUGCGUGGGAUUAUUGAGUGUCUUAACGGACAUUAUUUGGAGGAUAACGGUUUCAUGGCGUGCUGGAAAUGUGGCUUGUAAAUGUAUAAGAUUUAUCCAAGCCUGUGUUACGUACGCUUCCACGUACGUUUUGGUUGCUUUAAGCAUUGACCGUUAUGAUGCUAUAACGAAUCCUAUGAAUUUUUCCGGAUCAUGGCGUCGGGCACGUCGACUUGUGGCUGGAGCGUGGCUUUUAAGCGCUUUAUUUUCAUUGCCAAUGGUGAUACUCUAUGAGGAGAAAGUUAUUCAAGAUCAAACACAGUGUUGGAUAGAUUUAGGAUCUCCAAGACGUUGGCAAAUAUAUAUGUCGCUGGUGGCAGCGCUUUUAUUCGUGUUUCCAGCAAUUAUUAUCGCUGCAUGUUAUGCGAUUAUUGUUCGAACGAUUUGGUCGAAAGGCUCGCUGUUAAUGUCAACAGAUAGGAGAGGUGGAGCUGACAGAGGGAGUCGUCGAGCUAGUUCCAGAGGAAUAAUUCCACGAGCCAAAAUAAAAACCGUUAAAAUGACGAUCGUUAUUGUGAUUGUAUUCAUUGUGUGCUGGUCACCAUACAUUAUAUUCGAUCUACUCCAAGUAUAUGAACAAAUUCCAAAGACCCAAACAAAUAUAGCCAUUGCAUCAUUUAUACAAAGUUUAGCGCCACUAAAUUCAGCAGCUAAUCCCCUAAUCUAUUGUUUAUUCUCCACACAAGUAUGCCGAACGUUACGACGAACGCUUCCAUUUCGUUGGAUAAAUUCGUCGUGGUGUUGCAAAAACCGUAAGUCAUCAAAUGUAAAUAGUCACAGCGGCACGCAUAAUGGCAAUGGACGACACUUGAGAAAUAGUUCAGACUCGAUGCGUACAUUAACCACAUCGGUAUCAUCGAAACGUGCAACGUCGUGUAUUCGACCGGCACGAGUGGUUAUCCUUGAACGGCCCAAAACGAUUUUAGCCAUGUCGGAAGUGUAAUACGCUGAGCAAAGUAUUUUGAAUGUCCAGUCCUAGUGGCUGCAUUUUCAUAGCAGAAUUGUCGGUGUUGUGCGUUCGGAUAAAUAUUUUGAUAAGUGAACGGAAGUGCAUAUUUUGUGUCUUUAGUGAUAAGAAAAGGAAAAGAAAUGAGGUCAUGUCAUAAAGUAAGCAUUUUAAGAUGAUCCAUUCAUGUGUUCUGUACUGAAGUCCAUAAUGACGUUGUUGGUAUUAUCGUGAUAUUCUAAUGGGUCUGAGCAUUUAAAUGGACAGUCGAAGUGCUAAUAUUCAAUAAGAAAUAAAUUGUACAAUUUUAUCAACGGCAUUUAACAUUUUUUCUGAUCUUGCUAUAUCGAGAAGAGAAUGUUCUUCAUUUACAUCUAUAUACUCAGUUACAAUCUAAAAGUAUUGCUGCAUUGUUUGUACCAAAAACAUAAUUUUAAGACUUAAAUUAGGACUGUUCCUGUAAUUUAAACUAGCGAAUUAAGUUUGAAAGUUAAAUUAUAUUUUUUCUACUGGGUAUCAUAUGUUUGAGGACGUUUUAGUCUCAAGUCUCAACAAAGUAUUUGAGUUCAAAUCUCAACGAAAUAUUUAUUAUUAUUUACCAGUCAUUGCGGCACUUUUCGACCUUAAUUCGAUGAGUUUCUUCGGAGUCCAGCAACUUUUCUCUGUAAUUUUCAGAUUCUUUCAGCUAUCAAUUACUAAUGAAAAUCACUUAGGACGAAAACACACGAGCAAUUUUUGAUGGGAUCAUCAGUUGGGAGAACUCAACAUAAUUGUCGAUUUCAUCAACGCAAAUUGCUCGUGAGUUUUCGGUCUUACCUGGCAAAAAUGAAAAAUAGAAUCCCAAAUUAAUAUUGGAAAUUAUUACGUUAAUGUUAUAGCGCCGAAAACACAGAAAAUUUUGAAUUGAAGCCGACAACUAUGCUGGAUUUUCCAUUUCAAUCCGACUAUCCCUACAGGUUAAAAAAUGGAAAACGCGGCUUAAUUGUCUAUUAAGCCAAUUCGAAAUUGAUCGUCUGUUUUCUGCCUAAAGCAAUUUUCCAUGUUGACGAACGACUCUUAUCUCUCCCCCUAAUAAUUUAACCCUAAAAGCGAUUUGCCAAAUUUUGCUGAGAUUUCAAAGUUCAACUUAACAGUGGAUUGAAAGGUUGCCAAAGAAAUAUCUUAGUUUCUCUUAACUCUUCCACCCACUAACGCACUUCAGGCAUUAGUCGUACUCUAAAUAAAGUACUGAAACUGGACAGUGUAUCGUACACAUAUUGACACUGUUAAAGAAUUUAGAAAUAUUUUCAUACAAAACUGAUCUCUAUUUGGCAGCUAUCGCUAGGAUCACUCAUGCUUGCAGUGUGUUGCUUACACAAAAAUGGUACUGUUGAAAUUGGCAGGGAGGACGACAUUUUUUUUGUUUAGUUCUCUUUUGAAAAAACUAAAACUCAAGACAAAAUUUCGGGACUUGUAAUAAUAGAAAAGGAAAGGAAGCUAAAUUUGAGAGGUGUGAAGCAGAAAUGUUACUGAAAAUGAAACUUAAUUCAAUGACUUUGGUUUUCCACAUAACAAACGUAUUUACAACGCAUUUAAAUUAAAUGUUCUUCGUACAAUAAAUACAGGAAUUUUGUGUAUAAGUUCGAUGAAAUAUAUCUCUAUACAUAUA